AUGAAUAACGAGGCAAUAGACCACACCCUGGGUGGGGGGAUGCUUACCACUCCUGGAACCAAGCAGAGGAAGACCUCGAAGUUUGUGAUGGGCAAAUAUACGUUAUACGAAACAAAGGAUAGAAUGUAUAUUGUUGGAAGCAACAAAAGAGAAACGAUGUUUCGCAUUCUAGAAAUUGACCUUACUGUACCUCGUGGAGAAUUGAGCGUGUUGGAGGAUAACGUUUUCUUCACUAGAAACGAAAUUAUGAAUGUGUUGGCAAGUUUGGAAGAAGCCACUGAGGACGGCUUACAUAAGAAGAUUACAGGCUAUGGUCUUUUGGGAUUCAUUAAAUUUACCUGUUGGUACUACUUGAUAAUGGUUACCAAGUACAGUCAAGUCGCAGUGAUCGGUGGUCAUGGUAUUUAUCAUAUCGAUGGAAUUGAUAUCAUUCCCAUUACGAACAACUAUAAAAAACCUGAAAAAAGUUCAGAUGAGGCAAGGUUAUUGAAUAUAUUCAAGGAUUUAGACUUGACAAAAACUUUUUAUUUUAGUUACACCUACGACAUCACAAAUACCUUACAGACUAACAUCCUGCGGGAGAAACUAAAAGCAGUUGACAGAUCUGACAUCACAAUACCUUCCAGAAUAAGCGACUAUAACGAAAUGUUUGUUUGGAACAACAAUUUGUUGUCUCCAAUUUUUGAAUGUAUUGAUACUGUUUUUGAUUGGUUUCAAUGCAUCAUACACGGAUUUAUUGACCAAGUUAACGUUUCAGUUUUGGGAAAAUCCAUAUACAUUACUUUAAUUGCAAGGAGGUCCCACCAUUUCGCUGGUGCACGUUUCUUGAAACGUGGUGUUAACAACCAAGGUCAUGUCGCUAACGAAGUGGAGACUGAACAGAUCGUAACGGACAUGAUUUUGACACCAUUUCAUCAACCGGGGAAUGGAUUCUUCGACAGCGAUCGCUACACUUCCUUUGUACAGCAUCGUGGGUCAAUCCCUCUAUAUUGGACCCAAGAUGCUUCUAAUUUAACCACCAAGCCUCCCAUUAGGAUUAAUGUAGUAGAUCCAUUUUUCUCUCCCGCUGCAUUGCACUUCGAUAACUUGUUUCAAAGAUAUGGCGGUGGAACCAUUCAAAUACUGAACCUAAUUAAGACCAAAGAAAAGACACCAAGAGAAACUAAGCUACUUUGGGAAUUCGAGCAGUGUAUAGGUUAUCUGAACGAGUUUUUGCCAGUUUUGAAGAAAAUAGAUUACACCUCUUGGGAUAUGAGUAGGGCUUCAAAACAAGAUGGUCAAGGUGUUAUUGAAUUCUUGGAGAAGUACGCGGUAAGUACAGUAACAAAAACUGGCAUAUUUCAUAACGGACCAAAUUUUGCAUCUACAAAGAUCCAAGAGGGAAUAUGCCGAAGCAAUUGCAUAGAUUGCCUGGAUAGGACUAAUGCUGCGCAAUUCGUCAUUGGUAAAAGGGCGCUUGGCUGCCAAUUAAAAUCCUUAGGAAUAAUUGAUAACAGUUACUUGGAAUACGAUUCUGAUAUUGUUAACAUUUUGACAGAAUUGUUUCAUGACUUGGGUGACACAAUUGCACUACAAUAUGGGGGUUCUCACUUAGUUAACACUAUGGAAACUUAUAGAAAGAUAAACCAGUGGAGUUCACACUCAAGGGACAUGAUUGAGAGUAUAAAAAGAUUCUAUAGUAAUUCCUUUGUCGAUGCGCAAAGGCAAGAUGCGAUUAAUUUAUUUUUGGGCCAUUACGCCUGGAAAGAGGGAUUUCCUUCUUUAUGGGAAAUGAAUACGGAUUUUUACUUGCAUAACGCAUAUACUCUCAAUAUGCCAAAAAGAAGCUAUACUCACUGGUGGAAUGACUAUCACAUCAAAAGUAUAAAAGAGCUGAUAAAUGAGGAACUUAUUGCAACAGGUAACGAUAUUACCAGAGAGAAAAUUAUAAAAAAUGUUAGAGGUUAUCCCGGUGCCUUCGAUAAUUACUGGAACGAAUACUAUCUACCAAGAUCAGUAACUUGGAUUCACGAUCUCUUUGCAUAUAACAUGAACUCAACAAGAAGAUAUCAUGGUACCUUAAGUAAACAGGACAAAGCUGUGUCGCCAUUUACUUCCAGAAAACAGAGUUGGCUGAAUAAUAAGCUAAAGAUGAUCACAUCCAGCAAAAAUUCGGAAUGGGCUGAUACUAAGGCAAUAGAGUCUGCUGAUCCGGACAAAAACACAUCUCCAAAGCAGGAGUUAGAAUUGUAUGAUCACUACCUGCAUAUAAUUUCAGACAGAAGCCAAAAGCUGGAAGAAAAAAUCAAUUCCUUUUCAUACUCUAAAUACCCCAUAUUUAUCAGCCAUGAAAAUAGCGAGAUUCCCCCAGUAAAAGAAGUGAUAAGAGAACCGCCGGUUGAUAUUGCAGAUGAUUUUACUGGUUUGUACGAUGAUGAUGAUGAUGAGACAAUAACGGAAGCAUUGCUUAUAGCUCCUGAUGAUGUUUUAGUUGAUGAAAAAUUCUACGAAAAAAUCCUCAAUGUUGAUAAUUACAAACCCGUUGAUGACUAUUCCACCGUUAUACAGAUCAAACCCGAUAAUUUGCAACUUUACAAGAAUUUAUGUGUUUCGAAAGAUAUACAGCUUGACUUUCAAUGA